AUGGCGGCGAUCGCGCGUCUUCAUUUGUCGGCCAAAUCGAACCAGAGCAAUCUGCCAUCGCCGAGAGUGAUCAACCUCUCCCGCGUUCCAAGGACCCUAGUCUCGUUUCCGCGAAAUGGAUCGGUUUCUUCCCUCCACACCAACUUCUCCUCUCCAAAUCUCUCGGUUCCAUGCGCCGGAGGUGGUGACGGUGGUGGAAACUUCGGUAACCCAGGCUCAGGCGGUGGAAGCGGAGGAGGCGGCGGCGGUUAUGGAGGUUCAAGCGGCGGGGAAGAAGAAGGGUCGUCUUCGUGGGGACCAAUAGGGAUGUUCAUCGAAGGCUGGAGAUCGCGAGUUACAGCUGAUCCUCAGUUCCCUUUCAAGGUACUCAUGGAAGAGCUUGUUGGAGUUACCGCCUGCGUCCUCGGAGACAUGGCGUCACGCCCCAAUUUCGGGUUGAACGAGCUCGACUUCGUCUUCUCCACUCUCGUUGUAGGUUCGAUUCUGAAUUUCACGCUCAUGUACCUCUUAGCUCCCACCGCAGCAACUGUUGGCGUCUCCCAGAGCUUACCUGGAAUCUUUAGAAACUGUCCUUCGAGCCAUAUGUUCGAACAGGGAAGCUUCACCGUCAUGAACCGCUUUGGGACUCUUGUAUACAAAGGGAUGGUGUUUGCCACCGUGGGGUUAGCUGCAGGUCUCGUUGGAACCGCCAUCUCUAACGGGUUGAUCAUGCUGAGGAAGAAGAUGGACCCGACCUUCGAAACGCCCAACAAACCGCCGCCGACGGUGCUGAAUUCGCUAACGUGGGCGACGCACAUGGGAGUGAGCGCCAAUGUGAGGUACCAAACGUUGAAUGGGGUCGAGUUCUUGCUUGCAAAGGCGUUGCCUCCUGUGGUUUUCAAGACAGGUGUGGUUGCUUUGAGGUGUGCGAACAAUGUCAUUGGAGGAAUGUCGUUUGUUAUAUUGGCGAGGAUGACUGGAUCACAGUCAGUGGAAGAGAAGGCAGAGGUUGCAGUGGAGGAGACGACUGAGAUUUCAGUGAAGGACAAGGAUCUUUGA